AUGUCCAACCAUGACGACCACCCCCUAGAUGACGGCCGCCCGUCGCAGGAGCAGAAUCAAAAUCAGAAUCAAAACCCGCCCGACGUUGUGCGCCGGCCGUCCCUCGUUUCUUCACGCACCAUGUCCGACGCUGGCCGCCGCACUUCCCAGCAGUACCACGUGCGGUUCUCGACCGACCACGACCGACCGGCCGAUGAGCUGCCACAGCGUCAAUUAUCGACGACGGAGGACCGACGUCCGAGUUCGCGAGGCCUGACGAUCGAUACUACGCUUGCACCGCCGACCACCCACCUCCCUGCUCGUUCACCAACGUCUCCCCUCUCGCCCCCGAAUGCCGCUGCCAGCGCAACGCUCUCGCCAAUCUCCCCGCCGAGUCCAGACUCCGCGGAUGGUCGAUCGCGAUCGCGAAAUCGUGGAUACUCGCUACGUCGCAGUAUCUUCAAUAAGAAUAUUCAGACGCAAUCUGAUCAGGAUGACGGUGUGGAACUGGAUGAGACUGGGGGCUCUGGGAGGAGUCCCGAGAGGGAAAUCGCCGUCGCACCAAAGACCGUGGAUGCUCCCAGUCCGGUGGAUGAGAAGAAUGAGUUGGCCGUCGCACCGACGGCGACGGUGGAAUGGACAAAGGACGAAGCCUCGACGUAUCCCUCGUCCCGUUCUGACCUGCCUCUGAAGGAUUAUUAUAUGUCGAUCGCGCAAGAUAACUGGGUGAAGAAGAAAGCUGCCACGGCAGGACUUGUCACCCGCGUGGAGACUGUCUUGACUGCGGUUCAGAAGUUCAUUCUCCGCAUCGAGGAUAUUCCACCUACCAAGGAUGGACGGCAUAUCGACCUGAAGCCGUCCUUGGUGGAGACUCUCAUCGAUGAGCGCACUGGCAAGGCCUAUUGCGCCAAUUGGAUUCGGUCGAGCCGGUACAGUUUCUGGAGUUUCUUCCCCCGUCAAUUGUUUGCGCAAUUCACCAAGUUGGCCAACUUUUACUUCUUGGUUGUCGCGAUUUUGCAGAUGAUUCCCGGUCUGAGUACGACGGGAACGUUCACGACUCUUAUUCCCCUGUUAAUCUUCGUCGGUAUCUCGAUGGGCAAGGAAGGAUUCGAUGAUUGGCGCCGGUAUCGUCUGGACAAGGAAGAGAACAACCGCUACGCUUGUGUGCUUCGUCCGGGUGAGGCGCCCAUCACCGACGGUGCGUCCAUGGCCAGUGGUGCUCAUGGCUGGGUGGAGAUCAAAUGGCAAGAUAUUCGGGUUGGAGAUGUCAUCAAGCUCCAGCGUGACCAGCCCGUUCCCGCUGAUUUUGCUCUGCUUCACGCCAAUGGGCCCAAUGGGGUCGCCUACAUCGAGACGAUGGCCCUAGAUGGAGAGACCAACCUGAAGAACAAGCAACCCUGCCAGGCCGUGGCCAAGGUGUGCUCGACCGUAGACGACAUUAUCAGCAACUCGCUGCAUUUUGUCGUCGAAGACCCAAACAUCGAUCUAUACAAGUUCGACGGCCAUGUCACUGUUAACGGCCAGGAGAAGCUUCCCUUGACCAACAAUGAAAUUGUCUACCGUGGCAGUAUCCUCCGCAACACUGACCGCGCUAUUGGCAUGGUCAUUUACACUGGCGAGGAGUGCAAGAUCCGCAUGAAUUCCAACAAGAACCCCCGUAUCAAGAAGCCGGCCCUGCAAGCCAAGGUCAACCGCGUUGUCAUGUUGAUCGUGGUUCUGGUGGUUGUCCUCGCCGUUGCGUGCACCGUUGCCUACAAGUACUGGGCGCAAGACGUGGAACGCUAUUCCUGGUACAUCAGCGAUGCCAGUGUCUCCUACGGACCCAUCUUCACCUCUUUCCUGAUCAUGUUCAAUACGAUGAUCCCCAUCUCGCUCUACGUCAGUAUGGAGAUUGUCAAGGUGGUCCAGAUGCUCCUACUGAACGAUAUCGACAUGUACGACCCGGAAACCGACACUCCCCUCGAGGCCCGCACUUCUACUAUCAAUGAGGAGCUCGGCCAAAUCAGCUACAUUUUCUCUGACAAGACCGGUACUCUGACGAACAACUCGAUGCGAUUCCGCAAAAUGAGUGUUGCAGGUACUGCGUGGUUGCACGACCUUGAUCUCCAGGAGGAAGCUGCUCGCGCAGGUGAGAAGCUUAUUCACAAGAAGCGGAACCUAAAGGGCAAAAAGGCUGCUGGUCGCAAGUCCAAUGUCUCCGAGGUUCGCAUGAGCAUGGCCCGGCCUUCCAAUGUUUCCGCCAGCGCGGACCAGAUGCGCCGGUUUACGCGGUCAGCUCCUAGCCGGACCACUGAGAUGCUGGAAUACAUUCAGCGCAAGCCAUACACAGUCUUUGCGAGAAAGGCCAAGCUGCUUAUCCUGGCUAUGGCUCUUUGUCAUUCCUGCAUUCCCGAAGAGGAUGAGCAUGGCAACGUGUCCUUCCAGGCUGCUUCGCCUGAUGAACUGGCUCUCGUGAUGGCGGCGCAGGAACUCGGAUAUCUGGUCAUGGAUCGCCAGUCGAAUGCCUUGACUAUCCGUACGUACCCCAACGGCAUGGACGAGCCUGCUGUCGACGAGAUCUACGAAGUCAUGGACGUGAUCGAAUUCUCCAGUGCGCGGAAGCGCAUGUCAGUUGUCGUGCGCAUGCCCGACCAGCGCAUCUGCCUCUUCUGUAAGGGUGCCGACACUACGCUCAUGCGCCUCCUGAAGAAGGCCGAACUGGCCCAUGAAAAGGCCGCCGAGAUUGAGCGUCGUGCAAGCAAGCGCAAAACCGCCGAAGCCAACCAGGUGAUCCGUCGCAACAGCGAAUAUCACAGUCGCAAGGAUAGCGGUGUCCGCACCAGUCUGAGCCGUCCCAGCUUCACUCGCCGUCGUUCUUCGGUCUCUGGGCAUCACGCUUCCACAUUGCGUCAGAGCAUCGAUGUCUGGCUGCGCGAUCGUGAGACUGACGGUGGUAUGCUGAAUCGUGAGACCGACAGUGCAUACUACAGCCCUCGACCUUCUACCCAGCUUGGACGCAACUCGACUGCUAUUUCCGACUCCGGUAGCUCGACGAAUGGUGGGGAAGAUGACGGUGACCUGGUGGAAGAGGCUCUCGUCGUUGACGAGGCUGCGGUCUUCGAACGCUGCUUCCAACAUCUGAACGAUUUCGCCACCGACGGACUGCGCACUCUGAUGUAUGGACACCGAUUCUUGGAUGAAGCUACUUACCAGAGCUGGAAGACUGCCUUCCACGAUGCUUGCACUAGCCUGGUGGACCGCCAGCAGAAGAUUGAGCAAGUUGGCGAGGAAAUCGAGACCGAGCUUGAGCUGACCGGUGCUACUGCCAUCGAGGACAAAUUGCAAAAGGGCGUUCCCGAGGCGAUCGACAAGCUGCGCCGUGCGAAUAUCAAGCUGUGGAUGUUGACCGGUGACAAGCGCGAGACUGCUAUCAAUGUUGGACAUUCCUGCCGUCUGGUCAAGGAUUACUCUACCUUGACGAUUCUUGAUCACGAAAAUGGUGAUGUGGAGGAGACCAUCGUUCAGUUGACCGCAGAUCUCAUGCACAACAAGGUGGCGCACUCCGUGGUCGUCGUUGAUGGACAGACUUUGUCGGAAAUUGAAGCCGACAAUGUCGUCCGUGAACGGUUCUUCCAGCUUGCUAUUCGUGUUGACUCGGUGAUUUGCUGCCGCGCCAGCCCCAAGCAAAAGGCAUUCCUGGUCAAGUCCAUCCGCAAGCAUGUCAAUGAUUCGAUCACCCUGGCUAUUGGAGACGGCGCCAAUGACAUUGCCAUGAUUCAGGAGGCUCAUGUUGGUAUUGGUAUCACGGGCAAAGAAGGUCUGCAGGCUGCUCGCAUUUCAGAUUACUCGAUUGCGCAGUUCCGCUUCCUGCUGAAACUGCUGCUUGUCCAUGGCCGGUGGAAUUACAUGCGCGCCUGCAAGUACACUCUCGGCACGUUCUGGAAGGAAAUGCUCUUCUACCUGACGCAGGCACUGUAUCAGCGCUGGAACGGAUAUACUGGUACUUCGCUUUACGAGCCGUGGAGUCUGAGUAUGUUCAACACUCUGUUCACUUCUCUGGCUGUUAUCUUCUUGGGUAUCUUUGCCAAGGAUCUCUCUGCGUCGACUCUUCUUGCCGUGCCCGAGCUUUACACCAAGGGCCAGCAGAAUGGUGGCUUUAAUAUUCGCCUCUACCUCGGUUGGACAUUCAUGGCAACCUGCGAGGCUAUGAUCAUCUUCUUUACGAUGUAUGGCCUCUUCGGCAUGGUCCAGAUCAACCCAUCUGGCACGGACACCUUCGCGCUCGGCCUACUCACCUUCACGGCUUGUAUCACGGUCAUCAACAUCAAGCUUCAAGCCCUCGAAGUCCACAACAAGACCUACCUCUCCCUUGUCGUGAUUAUCAUCUCCGUCGGCGGCUGGUUCCUUUGGGACAUCAUCCUCUCCGAACGAUACAAGAUGUCCUCCGGCAAAGGUGUCUACGCUGUUCCAAGCAACUUCCUCCACCACGUCGGCCACAACCUCCUCUUCUGGCUCGUCCUCCUCAUCUCCGUCGCCGCAGUCAUCCUCUUCGAAAUCACCGUCUCCACUCUCCGCGUCCUCUUCUUCCCUACAGAUGUGGAUAUCUUCCAAGAAUACGAGCAAGACCUUGACAUCCGCAAACGCUUCGAAGAAGCCGCCGCCGCCGAACUCCAACAAGGCUGGGACCGCGGCACGAAAAAGUCCUCCUUCGAACUUGCUCGUGAAGCUGCCGAGCUUGCUGAAAUGGAUGCUCGCGAGCGCCAUGUUCAGGAAUUGCUUGCGCGUCCUCGUGUAAUGGCGGAUUCAAAGCCCGUCACGCAAGAGACUGAGAUGGAAGGAUACUCGAGUGCCAGCGUCACUGCUAGCCACAAUGAUAGCGAGGCUGUGGAUCGCAGGGUCUCGGUCUCCGGUGCGGGACAGGGGCAGUCCGAACCUAUGUCUCCGACCGAAUCUUGUGCGCCGAGACGAUCGGUGGAGAUUCACGAGCUUUUCAGUAAGGGCUUUGGAACUAUUCGCAAGGGUCACCUGAAGUGA